GUUAUCUUCUCUUUGAUAGCGAGAUAGUUGUAUCAAGUUGAUCAUUUAGAUAAUCAGAGAUGGCGAAGAGCUUUUAUGCUACGGUUUUUUUUCUUGUUACGAUAAUGACGAUAGCGUCAAUGGUUGUUGAUGCAAGGCAUUUGCUGGCCAACACUGGUGGUUUACUCGGAGGUGCCAGCCCCGGUGGCUUAUUCGGGGAUAAGAACACAGGUGGCACUAAUUUGCUUGGAGACAGCAACACAGGAGGUACAAAUUUGCUCGGGGGAACUAACACUGGCGGGACAAAUCUGCUUGGGGGCAGUAACACAGGUGGUACAAAUCUGCUCGGAAACGGAAACACAGGUGGUACAAAUCUGCUCGGAAACGGAAACACAGGCGGUGUAAAUGCACUUGUGGGCGGCAACACAGGUGGCAUAAACUUGCCCCAUGGUUAAAUAUACUCAGACGCGAGCGACGAGUCAUAGGUUGGUGCAUUGGCUAUCUCGUUGUUACCGCACGUGAAGCCAGAAGAAAGAGCAAGGGGAAAAUAAGAAAGAAAUGGUUCGUAGAGAGCGUCUACUAACGACGUGUGUGAUAAUUUUAAUCCCAGCUAGCUUGCUCAUGUUCCUUGUAUAUUUCUAUCCUUCAGUUAUUUCUCUUCAUCAAUGUCAAUCGCGAAUAAGGAUAUUGAG